AUGGCUCCAUCUGUCCGUCCGUCCUGGCUGGAGGAGCGAGCUGGGUGCUCUGGGAGAUUUUACAAAGUUUAUGGCAGUGGUCCAAGGCCUUUCGACCUGUCGCAACUGAACUACAAAUCUACCUGUCAGAGGUUUGUUGAGAAGUUCAAUGAACUGAAGGAAGAAGGAAAAAUUGAAGAGGAAAAGUUGUUUGAAGAAACGGGAAAAGCCCUUUUAGCCAUUGGGAUGGUUUUACAGAGAAGAGGAACAGAUAAAGUAGCACAACAGGAUCGCCCGGAGGUUGAAACCAGGGAUUCUGCGUUACACCAGCAGCUCCAAACGGUGUUGGGGGAGAUGCAGGAGAAGAUGACAGACCAGGAGGAGCAGACGCCAGCGCUGGCAGAAGCGCAGAGGGGAAACCCCGUGCCCUCCUAG